AUGGCGGCCUUCCACCAGGAACUUGUACUGAGACGGAGAGCGUCUGCCCGAGAAGCUCUUCUCAGGCAGCAGAAGCAGCAACUGCAGCAGCAGCAGCACAAGGGGCAAGACACACCUCUGAGCGGGGACUGCGUGCCUGUCAUUUCCACCGAUGCGCUUGUGGAGCCAACAUACAGAGACACCCGCACAGUAAUAUAUAUAUGGGGCCGCCGUCUUGUACGGGAGGAAGCCGAGGGGGGGCCCUUGCAGGAUCUGGGGGCCCCCAGUGGCAGUUCCCCCAGCAGCAGCGCGCCGGGGGCCCCAUAUGGGGGCCCCCCAGCUGCCUUUUCAAGAGGGACCUCUGGCGAGCCGUUUGUGGGUUCGUCUGGAGACCUUUCUGGGUCUUUUCCCCACUCCUACCUUAGCAGCAGCAGCAGCAGCAGCAGCAGCACCAGCUUGUGCCAGCCUGUGGUGCUCCGGUGUCUCUACGACACAAGGGUGACAGAGGUUGCUGCAGGAGAAACACAUGCGCUGUUUUUAUCUGACAAGGGGAUUGUGCAUGCGUACGGCACUGGGGUGUACGGACAGCUCGGCCUGGGGCCCGUUCUACUCACAGCCAAACAGCCACAAAAGAUCCAUGGACUAGGAGGGCCUGUAGUUCAAGUUGCUGCUGGGGAAUACCAUUCUGUGGCUCUUACAGAAGACGGCUCGGUAUACUCGUGGGGUGCUGGGGACUCUGUGGGCGACGGCAGCGGCAGCUGCGCAUACAGCCCCAAGGAGCUGCUGCUGCUGGAGUCGCUGCAGGCCUCCCAUUCUCCAGACAGAGGGCAGGUGUUGGCAUGGGGCGACGGCACUUACGGGGAGCUAGCUGGGAACCCGUUCGACAUCGCCUCUUCUGCUUUUACCCCCUUGACCCUUAAAGACGCCGGCGGGCAGUUGCUGCCUCCUAUCAUUUCUGUUGCUGCUGGAAAGAGGCACGCGCUGCUGCUGACUCAGGAUUUGCGACUAUGGGCCUUCGGGGACAACCUGGCAGGGCAGUGCGGCCUGCCCGGGCACCAAGGCAAGCUGGUGACCCCCAAGCUAAUUAAAGUUGGGGAAAUGAGAGCCAGAGUCGCCAGAGUCGCCUGCGGCCACAGACACUCGGGGUGCAUUACACCAAAUCACCAGUUGUAUCUGUGGGGCCACUCGUCAGAUCACAAAUUGAUUUUCACAGCAGCGACAGAGGCUCUGGUGGCUGGAGAGACUCAAGCAGGAGUAGCCCUGAAGUCGGGUUUGAAGAAUGCUUGCUGCAGGCCUCGCCUGAUAUAUUCGUUGCUGCACGAAAAGGUGACAUGUUUAUGUUUGGGCUCUUCCUUCACAAUAGUAGUUACGGGAGACGGGGAAAAAGAAAAGCAAAAGUCUUUUCUAGACAGCAACCAAACGACCCCCGUUUCCUUUAGCUGCUGUCUAAACUCGCCCCACAUAGUCACUGCAGCAGAUCUGAAAAUCAACACAAACACUGCAAACGAAGAACCUGCAGACACACAAGCUGCCAUGUCAGGGGAUCUAGAAGAGCCUUUUCAAGAAGAGGCGCAGAAAAUGCCCGAAGAAGGCCCCCACAGGUUUUCUCAAGCAAAUCCAGAGGCUCAAGAGGCACAUGGACACAGCGAGUCACAAGAAUUGCCAGAGACACAGAGGCCCCUAGGGGGCCCUCCAAAGCUACAAGGACCCACAGAUCCACAGCGGACCCCACGAGAAUCCUCACAGGCCCCCCUAAAAGGGUCUCUACAGGGGCCCCAGGGUCCUCGUCUGACUUCCGGUUGUGUGCCGGUUGCUGCUCCUUCUCCUUCUCUGCCAAUAUGGGCAGAACACGUCAAUGAUGGGGGCGCGUAA